AUGUCUACAACGUUAGAUGUGAAUGAUUCCUCCAAGGAUAAAGAAUCAGUAGAAAAUGUUCAGCAUUUGAAGGAACGUGCUGAACGAAAUCGCCAAAAAGCACUGCUUUUAAAAAAAUCUAAAGUAGUUUGUCAUCCUUAUACAAAAAGUGAAAAUGGAGAUGCAGUAAAAGAUAGAUUAAUAAAAGUUCAAGGUCAACGUGUAAUAGAUAGUGGAGGAGGUUUUCUUAUAGAAGAAAAUGACAAUUUAGAAGAACAAAUGUUACAAAUAACAUCAGAGCCUGCUCCUAUUAUUGUUGAUUUACCUCAUUGUGAAGAGUGCAAAAAUGAGUUUAAAGAUUCUUAUCUUUUGCAGACAUUUGAUCUCUCUGUAUGUGAUAAAUGCAGAGAUCCUGAGGACAAGCACUCUUUAAUUACAAAAACAGAAGCAAAACAAGAAUAUUUAUUAAAAGAUUGUGAUUUUGAUAGAAGAGAACCUCCAUUAAAAUGUAUCACCAAGAAAAAUCCCCACAAUGCAAAUUGGGGUGAAAUGAAAUUGUAUUUGCACUUACAAGUAGAACAAAGAGCUCUAGAAGUCUGGGGUUCAGAAGAAAAAUUAAUAAAGGAAAAAGAAUUACGUGAUGUUAGGAAAGAAGGAACUAAAAUUAAAAAAUUUAAUAAAAAGAUUAAACAAUUAAGAAUGCAAGUCCGGAGUUCAUUGUAUAACAAAACAUCAAAAGCAUCUCAUACACACGAGUUUGGAGAAGAUACAUAUAAUGAAGAUGAUGAUACAUAUACACACACCUGCAUCACUUGUGGUUAUGAAGAAACAUAUGAAAAAAUGUGAAUCUUAGAAUUUUAAUGUAUUUCAAUGUAUUUACUAGGCUG